GUCGUUAUUCCUUUGCACUCACAUGCAAACACUACUAUUCCAGGCAUACUCUUCGUCAUGAUCACAAGAGCAAUGACAUAUCCAAAAGUAUAAAAGCUUCUCAUAUUCUGUUCAAGAUUUGAUUGAUACCAUGGCCGACUCUGUCGAUGUACCAAAUGCUUUCAGUUCUCCCUCCAACUUGUUCUCUACCACUGACGAUGUUGCGGAGAUAGACUCUGCUGGUUCUAACACCUUCAUCAGCCCAAAUCAUUCACCAUCUGUGGCGAAGGAACUCAUCGAGACUGCCCAAGCUCUGCUCAGUCCUCGAGGCCGUGGAAUCUAUGCAACCGAUGAAAGUCCAGACGUAAUCGAGGCGGCGUUCGUUGCUGCAGGACAUAAUUCAUCUUCGGGAGAUGAGAUGUUGAAAAGAAGAAAAGACUGGCGAGAAACAGUGUACAGUGCAGUUCCGAGUGAAUACAUUUCUGGCGUGAUCCUGUAUCCAGAGACACUCCUAGAAUUUAAACUCGGCCCAAUUCUCACCAACAAAGGAGUCAUCGUCGGUGUCCGGGCCAAUGGUGAACUUGCCCCGAUUCCUGCAUCCCCAUUCGAGUUCCUCGUCCAAGGCUUGGAUGAUCUGCUCACAAAGUUGCAGGCUGCUCGUGCUGCGGGGGCUAGAUUCUCCAAAUGGCGUGUUCCAAUUGCUUGUACCAGUCCUGCACUGGGGUUGCCCACCCAAACUUCUCUCGACGUCCAAGCUGAAACUCUGGCUAUUUAUGCUUCGAUCAGCCAACAAGCCGGCGUGGUACCUAUCGUGGAACCCGAUGUCGAGUUUUCAGCUGAUGCAGACCUUGCGCGAAGCAUCGAAGUUCACCAGAGAGCUAUCCGACUGAUCUUCGACCGCUGCGCUCGGCAUGGUGUUUUGCUAGAAGGCACUCUGAUCAAACCUUCCUACCCACAACCCGGUCUCAAGUCUCCAUCACGAGCCAAGACCACCUCGAAUGAUAUUGCACUCGCGACCGCAACAGUUAUCUCCAACUCUGUACCCAGUGCUGUUGCUGGAGUAGUCUUUCUUUCAGGUGGACUGUCCACACCAGUUGCCUUGGAUUUCCUGUCUGCUUUGAAUAAACUCGUCAAUGCAUCGCCUCGAUCGUCGCCGUUCUCAAGACUUCCUCCUCUAUCGUUCUCCUAUGGUCGUGCUUUGCAAGGUGAGGCUAUUCGGCAUUGGGUUAAAGGUGACAGAGAGGCAAUGAAGGAGUCGCUGUUACGUGCUGCGAAGGGUUGUUGGUUGGCUGCCAAGGGCGAACUUUGAGAUUCACAUAGAAUCGAGCUUUGAUGAGGAUUGUUCGUGGAUAGGGAAUAUUCUCUUCAUAACAAGGUACUCGAUCAUUAUGUCAGAAUUUGGGCGAGUAUAAGCCGUUGAAGGACUUUUACUUUUCAUGCUCUGCGCUUUUGUUUACAACUUGGUGCAAAGACGGAGAGCACGGAAAAUAAA